GCUGUCAGUUAAACUUUUUUCUCUGGCUCUGCCCUGGGUUUCCCCUUGAAGGGAUUUCCCUCCGCCUCUCCAGCAAGACCCUUUAUAAAUAAGAGCAGACUUUCUAUUUCACUCACACCAGCCUGGCUGGCUUUGGAAGCUGAACACUUUUCCCAGACACUUUCACGUGGGACACAAAGAAGGCUUUGGAGCUUCCAUUUCGUCACCCCAGCAGCGACUUGAAAUGCCUGAGAAGAUGGUCACGAUCUCUGGAGCCUCAACGGUACUUUGGAUACUGUUUGCAGCUUCUCAAGCUUUUGAAGUUGAGAUCUCCCCUGCAUAUAAAACAAUGGCUCAGAUUGGGAACUCCAUGUCCCUGACUUGCAAAACCACAGGCUGCGCGUCCCCAUCUUUCUCUUGGAGAACCCAGAUAGACAGUCCGCUCAGUGCGAAGAUGUGGAAAAAUGAGACGGCGUCCAUCCUGACCAUGGAUCCUGUCAGUUUUGAGAAUGAACACUUUUACGUGUGCACAGUAUAUUGCGGCUCGGUGAAACAGGAAAGAGGGAUCCAGGUGGACAUCUACUCAUUCCCUAAGGAUCCAGAGAUUCAGCUGAGUGGUCCCCUGGAGGUUGGGAAGCCUGUCAUGGUCAAGUGUUUGGCCUCUGAUGUUUACCCAUCUGACAGACUGGAAAUGGAACUCUUCAAAGGUGACCAACUCCUGAAGACAGAGAUGUUUGCAGAAGAGAUGGAGAAGAAGUCUCUGGAAAUCAAGAGCUUGGAAGUCACCUUUACUCCUGGCCUUGAGGAUAUUGGGAAGGCUCUUGUUUGCCGAGCUAACUUAUACAUUGAGCCUGAGCCCCAAAAGAGGGAGACGGGCAACCCACUGCAAGUCUACACCUCUCCCAAGAAUACAGUUAUCUCUGUACAUCCCUCCAGAAGUCUUCAAGAGGGUGAUGCUGUGACGAUGACUUGUUCCAGUGAGGGUUUACCAGCUCCCGAGAUUUUCUGGAGCAAGAAAUUAGAUAAUGGAAAUCUGAAGCUCCUCUCAGGAAAUGCAACUCUUACCUUAGUUGCUAUGAGAACGGAAGAUUCUGGAAAUUACGUGUGUGAAGGAGUUAAUCUGGUCGGGAGAAAUAAAGCAGAGGUGGAAUUAACUGUUCAAGAGAAACCAUUAACUGUCGACAUCUCCCCCGGAUCCUGGGUGGCUGCGCAGGUUGGAGACUCAGUUGUACUGACAUGCGCUGUUGUUGGCUGUGACUCCCCCACUUUUUCUUGGAGGACUCAGACAAACGGUUCCCUUAACGGGGAGGUGAGGCGAGCGGGGGCCACGUCCACACUGACACUGAGCCCCGUGAGCUUUGAGAACGAAAACUCUUACCUGUGCACUGUGACCUGUGCUCGGAGGAAACUGGAAAAGGAAAUCCAGGUGGAGGUCUACUCAUUUCCCGAAGACCCAGAAAUUGAGAUCAGCGGGCCCCUUGUGCACAGGAGGCCUGUCACCAUAAACUGCACAGUUCCUAACGUGUAUCCUUUUGACCAUCUGGAGAUUGAGUUACUGAAGGGGGAGACCUCGCUGAAGAGUAAACACUUUAAUGAGGAAAUGGGCAUAAAAUCCUUAGAGACCAAAAGUUUGGAAAUGACCUUCAUCCCCACCAGUGAAGAUACUGGGAACGAGCUUGUUUGCCUGGCUAAGUUACACAGUGGCCAAAUGGAAUCUGAACCCAAACAAAGGCAGAGUACACAGACUCUUUAUAUCCAAGUUGCCCCCAAGGAAACCACCAUCUGGGUCAGUCCUUCUCCCAUCCUAGAGGAGGGCAGUCCCGUGAACCUCACCUGCUCAAGCGAUGGCUUUCCAGCUCCAAAAAUCCUGUGGAGCAGGCAGCUGAAUAACGGGGAAUUGCAACCUCUUUCUGAAGAUACAACGCUCACCUUAAUGUCUACAAAACUGGAAGAUUCUGGCAUUUAUGUCUGUGAAGGGAUUAACCAGGCUGGAAUUAGCAAAAAAUCAGUUGAACUGAUUAUCCAAGGCUCUCCGAAAGAUAUACAACUCACAGUCUUUCCCUCUGAGAGCGUGAAGGAGGGAGACACUGUCAUUAUCUCCUGCACCUGUGGAAGCGUGCCGGAAACGUGGAUCAUCCUAAAGAAGAAAGCCAAGACAGGAGACAUGGUAUUAAAGUCCGUUGAUGGCGCGUACACCAUCCGCAAGGCCCAGCUCCAGGACGCUGGAGUGUACGAGUGUGAAUCUAAAACCGAAGUUGGCUCACAGUUACGAAGUUUAACCCUUGAUGUAAAAGGAAGAGAAAAUAUUUUUUCUCCCGAGCUCCUUGCCCUCUACUGUGCCUCCUCCUUGAUAAUACCUGCCAUCGGGGUGAUCAUUUACUUCGCAAGAAAAGCCAACAUGAAGGGCUCGUACAGCCUGGUAGAAGCAGAGAAAUCAAAGGUGUAGCCAACAUCUGAAGUGUUCCAGAAAAGACACUAUUUAUAAUCCCCCGAUCCUUCCUAGUCUUUAUCAUCCCACCACCAACCCCCCACAUAAACCAAGCUAAGUGUUCAGAUUUCCCAGAACUCUUCUCAGUAGAGAAGGAAAAGAAGUGGAUGUUUGAGCCUUCGCUGAAUGCAAGAAGCCAGCCAGAACUGUUCUUCUUGACAAGUCCCUGUCAUUGAGGUGAAGUGACUGGAACAGUCCCAUGAUGUGUAUAUAAAUAGCAGAAUUUGUAUAUAUGUAAAAUAAAAUUAUGUCAUAGAACGGUUGUUUAGAAUAGCAGCACUCCGUAGGCCGGUCAGAACAUAAACAGUGUUGCUCGGACUGACUGUUGUAACUUAAUGCAUCUUAGAAAAGUUUAAUAUUAAUAUUGAUUAGGCAGCUGACCAGUGCCACCUUCUCUUAAUAUUUUGUUUCCUUCAAACUAAUUUUAUUCCUAUGAAUUUUUAUUGACAGUGAUUUCAUGUUUUAGAACAAAGCCAGGGUUUUAUAUUUUUAUAGGCAAAUGAUAAGGAAGGCACUGGGUUGACUUUCAGGUACUAUAUUCCUAAUUCAUGGCAGACUGAAUAGCCAGUUUUCUCUGCAUGGUACUGUAUGGUACGGGGACAUGCUUCUUCAUCGGGAUCUUGUGUAAUGAAUGACUAACAUGGUUUAAAAUGUGGCUUCUUUGACUCAUCUUUUGUAAACAGUAUAAAGUGAAACUUUCUGAACAUGGAAGACUUGGGUCUCAUAUGUUAUAAACUGUGUCUGCCGCCUUUCGUUAAUGGCUUGCUCUUCAGGAAUUGUCAGUUAUAAGAGUAAAAACCUCAAACUGGUAACAAUACAGAUACUCCAAACACGCUCUUCAGACUACCUUUAUCAAAAUAACCAUAAAAAUCCAGUAAAAUAAACAGACUUAUUCAUAUCAUCGUAACUUAGUGAGUUAAGGUCUAUAGUUUGGGAUUCUUGGAAUCUGCAACAGUUAAAUGUAAAGCUAACACUAUACCCAAUAGAUGAUAUAUACAGUAAUCUGGCAAAGAACAAACACUUAAGUACAUGCUGCAAAGCCUCAGAGACAACACUCUAUUAUUUUCCAGGUCAGCUUGUAUGCUUAGUACAGGUAGCAAUUCUCUUCCCACUGAGCCAGUAAGUCCUGAAUUAUGGGUUAAUCGUUUUCUUUCUCUGAAGGUUUUAUGCUGUAUACAGUACAUUCUAAGUAGUACAUUAGUUUGCUAGGUUUUGAACCUUGCUUUGUGACUUUAUUCUUUCGUUCAAACUUAUCUUCUUGCACAAUUCAACCAUGCUGUUGUAUCCAGUUAUAGGUCACACAUUUUCACUGCUCUCCAAUGGUCUACUCUAAGACUUUUUUUAAAAUCGUUUCUUAUUUAUCCACCCUUUUCUUAAUAGCUAUUUGUGAUGUUUUCAUCUUUUCUGAUAUGAGAAUAAGCUUCUGCAAACAUUAUUGUAAUGUGAUAAUUUGUGAACAUUGCUGUGCUUUCUCUAGAGCUUGUACCUGUCAGUCAGUAUUCUGGGAGGUAGCAUGUGUGCACAGUAAAAUUCAAAGGGAAGCUAGUCCUUUCGGAAGUAGUUCCCUAACUUCUCCUUCUACCACAGCGAAUAAGAAUUCCCACCAAUGCUCUCCCCCUGCCCAAUGUGGUGCCAUCUGACUUAAUUUAUUUAUUAUUAAUUAUUAUUUCUCAGCAUGGAUUAAAAUUAAAUUGACCUGAUCAUCAGUGAAUUUAAACAUAUUUCCAUAUAGUUAAGAAUGUUUUUAUGUUUAGGAUAAUUUGAGCUUUCUUCUAUAAAAUAUGUACACGUUGGCCUUUUUUGCUAGAGGAUAUAUUUUAUUAAUGUAUAAAUACAUACAAAUACCCUUUUCUUUUUUACUAGUCCUUUGAUUUCUUCUUAUAGUUACUCAGCUGUUCCACGUACUUCAUUACCCCACUUGUGACCUACACAUUCACUUGCUUUGGGGUAUUUUGGAUAAUAACUUAAAUUUUAUCACACUCAAUGUAUUUUUUAUUUUGACUUAUGAGUUCUGUCAUAGUUAAGAAAUAUUUUUUUUUUCUGCUCAGAGGUAGAAAAUCUACCAUCCUAGCUCCGAAAGUUUUGUUAGUUUCACAUACACAAGUCCUGUGAAAGCUCAAGUCAGAUUUCAAGUCAGCAUUGAGAGGGGCAUAGAAUCCUGCCCCUUGCAGAAUAGCUAUGGGUAACUGAGAGUUGGUGGGAGAAGGGAAAAUCGUCUUCUCCAGGAAAGAGCAAGGCAAUUCGUUAUCUAAUUACAAAUGGUCCAUCCUGAAAACAUCCAUACGAGUAACAUUAUAUAGACUGAAAAGGUUAUAUUAGAAAUAUAUGUGUAUGUACAUAUAUGCAUGUAACAACAAUUAAUGAAAAAAGAGGCAAUGGAUUUGAAAGAGAGUGAGGAAGUGUAUAUGAGAGGGUUUGGUGGGAGGAAGGUGAAGAAAGAAGUGAUGUAGUUAUAAUAACAAAAAUAAAAGAAAAAUUGAAAACCACAUACACACAAGAUAGAAUAUUAUUAUCCUAAUAAUAACUUUAUAUAGCCCCUUAUAUUUCUUUCUCUUUUUUUUGGUGAAACAUCAGACAGUCAUUCAUUUAUCUGCUUAUUUUUAAUAAAUCAAGAUUUAAUAAACAGGGCAAUGCAAAGAAGAACACUCCUGGGUAGCUCUCAGGAUGUAGGAGAGAGAACACAAGAGCACAUGGCAGAUCUAUGUGCAGGGUCUUAAAAAGCCUGUAGGCAGUCUUGAGCAGUUCCAGGGGAGAAACUGCAGGCUUUCUCGGUGGUGGAGUCUGGAAUGGGAGGAGUGGGGCUGGAUGGAGCUUCCCAACAUCUCAAUGCUGACACGGGAUGACGUGGGAAGGCGCAAGUCAAAAGCUGGUGGACCCACGCUCAGUGGGAGGCAUGGGUGAAGAAGCAUUCAGCUAGCUGCCACCCUGUUUCUUGGGGAGGCUGAGAAGGCAGAUUGGUAGGAGAAAAAAAAUCGAUUAUUAUCACUGUGGGGUCAGCCAUGGGCAUCAGAAAGACUGUCAGAAAGAAUGGAACAGAGAAGUAUUGUGGCUGUAAAAAGAGACAAGGGUGAAUGAGCGAGACACAAGAGCAGACAUGCCCUUCAUUAGGACAUUUUGGAAAACCAGGUCCCAGUUGCUGGAGAGGUGCCAGCUUGCACAUUGAGAGGUGGUGUUAGCACUGAUGUCCCAGGAGCUUGGGAGGUGGGGGCCAGUACACCAAAUUGAGGGAUGAUAUAUUUUUCUACCAUUUCUCUGGAGGUGGGGAAUGCAUCUAUCCUAUAAAGGUGUCAAUAAGAGUUAAGAGAUAACAGGGCCUUUUUAUGAGGGGUCAUGUCGGUGAAAUCAACCUGCCAGUAUUUGCCCAGUUGGUGUCCUCAGUUGGUGCAGGGGUUGGCAUUUCUGGAGGGCCAACCUGGUGCGGGGUUUGGCAUAACUGGAAGGCCAAGCAUGUCUGGAGCCCCAAGCAUGUCUGGAGCGCCCCCCCCCCCCCAUGGUUUGGACUUGACACUCUUUCCAGGAACAUGCAGGUACCUGUUAAACAAUUGGAGGAAAUUUUUUUUUUUUACCUUGGUGUCAUAGCAAAAGGUUUUGGCUUUGGGUUAAAAUUCAUGAACAUUUUUAGGUCUAAAUUCAUUGAACAAAAGAGGUUGGCCCAGUGAAGGAGGAGGGAGUUGAAGACACCUGCAGGACUCUAUCCCCUCUGUGAUGUUAGCCUGUUCUCAAGGGCGAGGAGUUGGCAUUUCAGCAGAGCUGAAAAGCAGGAGCCAAUAAAACCCACAGAUAUUUAGUUAGUACUCUAUUAGUUUAACAAAACUAUAUCUAUCAAUGUUAAAUCUUUGAGCCUCCACAUUGACCUGAUCUGAUCUCCAAAUCUGAAACCUGUGAAUCCUGCAUGGAGUGAAGGAGGCACACCUGUCUGUAUGUUUAGCAGGAUACUUAACUAGUGAGCUGCCAGGCUGGUUGUUGCCUUGGGGAGGUCGGGAGAGAGCUGUUAACUGGCAAAUCUGUCAGUACUCCAGUCAUUGAACACCAUCAGAUCGAUUUAAGCAGAAGUUAGACAGAUUUCCAGCUCCCUAGGCCGCUGUCCCAAGUGUCUUCGUGGGCAUUAGGGGAUAGAAAUACUAAGGCAGUAGUCAGCUGCCAAGCCCAGAUGAUCUGACAGACUCUCCUGUGGUGUGGAGAUUUGGGGAGAGUGACGCGCCCUGACGUGGCAACUUGGGGUAAUCAUCCCCCCGCCCCCGUGUCCUGUUGUCCUGUCCUGGCAGUGUCUGGGCCACAGUUGAGAUGAAAGGCAGUUUUCUGCUUAGUAGCUGACAUUGCCACAUUUAAAGCAAGCUUCCAGGUGGGAGAUCUCUGGCAAUCCAUUUUCUUGGAGGACAUAGUCCCUUGUACUUCUAACUUUGGUAACUUGUGUCUUUCUUGCUUAGAUGAGUAGAGGUUCAUCCAUGGCAUGGAUCUGUGCAAAGCAUUACCUUUUUGUGUUCUUAUUUUUUAUCUAUUGCUUCUUGUUUCCUGUGUUAUUGACCUUUGUGCAUCUUUAUGAUUUCACUACCAUGCUUUCUUUAGAUGGAAUUUGCUAUUCUUUUACUAGGUUAUUUGGGAGGGACCUUAAACUCAACGAUCUGGAGCCUUCCAGAUUUUAAUAUAAAUAGUAAAGGGAUAAUCGCGCCAUGCAAUUAGUUACAUGUCACAAACUGUAAUGUGCUGUGUUUCAUUCCCAUUCAAUUAAAAUUUGUUCAAAAUCCCUGUGUAAUUUCUUCUUCAGAAAAUGAGUUAUUUAAAAGUAGGUACCAAGUAUCUGGGAACUUCCCAUUCAGUUAUAUUUCUAGUAAUUAGCUUUAAUUUAAUUCCAUUUUUAGUCUGGGAACUUACUUCUUAUGAAAUAAAUAUUAAGUGAAUUUAUUGAGGUUUGUAGUAUUGUUCAGAAUACAAUCUUUCUUGGAUAGUGUUGAAUGUAUACUUGUAAACAACACGUGUUCUCUAGCUGUGGGGAGAUGACAUCAUAAAAGCAAUCAGUCUUGUCAUUUGUUCAAUGGUUUUCAAGUUUUGUGCCUGGCAUUGAUCUUCCGUCUGUCUCUCCAGUCACUCAGACAGCAUCAUGAGUUGUUCAUUUAUAGUUUUGAGUUUGAUUUUG